GCGAAGCCGGAUUCCGAAGAUCGCGACCUCGAAGGAACCACUCGCGUGACCAGUUCUCGCCGCGGUGGUCCACGAUAACGAUUUCGCGAAUUUCGUCGCGGCUUCGUGGAAAGAGGAAGAGGACGCAGGAGGGCAACAUCAAGACGCCACAGGGCGUGGUUGCAUGCGACUGCGUGCCUAUAUAAACGUAUCCUGGCAUCGAGGAUAUACCGGUGCCGUCGAUACGAUCACCAUGAAAAACGCAUUCCUUUUUAUUGUCUGCUGUUUGAUGAGCACCGGCUUUGCUAAGCCACCGGUGUUCCUAAGCUAUCAAGACAGCCUGGGCCAAUACAGUUUCGGCUACAGUGCGCCAGGAUCAGCCAGGUCGGAGGUCAGAAUGUCCAACGGUGCGACCAGAGGCACUUACAGCUACGUCGACGGAACCGGUGUCAUCCAGACCGCGCAAUACUUUGCCGACGGCGAGAAGGGAUUCCAAGUAAUCGCGACGAAUCUCCCGCAGGCACCGCUUCCGGUCCAAGACACACCGGAGGUGAUGGCUGCGCGCACCGCCCAUCUUCAAGCCUUGGAACUGGCACUCAAGAGGGACGAAGAGGCUCAGCAUCGUGAAGAGAAUCGGGAGAAUGCGCUCGAGAAGAAAAUCGUGGGAGAUCAAGGUGAUGCGGGUCUCCAUAGGAAGCUAGGACAGUUGGAAGCUACGAUCACAAAAAUUGCAUUGAACGAAGGGGAGCGAAAAGCGUUGGAGAACGCGAAGAAUAUCGAGCCGAAGGACAGCGACGAGACUCUACAGGCAAUUGCUUCGAAAAGCGGCAUUGACAAAGUAAGCGAAAAGAGCACGCAAAAGGAAUUUGUUGGAAGAUUAUCACAGGAAAUUAUUGACGGUCCAAAUAUCCCAGCGGUCCCAUUAAUCUACUCGUACGUGCCGCUAUCUCAGGUGUCAAGACAACAGGCGGUGCCGGUAUUUCGGAUCUCCUAUGGAAACUACGAGCUGGAGCCUUCCGUCAUAUCGGAGUCAUCGAUCACUCAAGGUGCUUCCGGUGUAAUCACGCCAGCGGCAACGGCCUUGAAGAGCGGAACGGUGAUUUCGACCAAGGGAGCAGAGACGCCGAAGAAAAAGCAACUGUCGCAACGCCCGACUAGUACGACCGAACAAAUUCGCACCGUCAAUCCUUUGUCGAUCGCACCGCUGAGCAUGAUUCCGCUAAGUUCCUUGCAGUCGAGCAUCAUCAAAUACGUACCGUCGACGCCUCUCCACUAUGUCACUUACAACGUUCUGUAGACAUCUUAGAAAUAGCCUGGAAAAUGAACGAUCCACGGAAAGCUAAAAGAGUCUGAUUGUAUUAAUUGGAAUUCUUGUAGAAAAUAGAGACAAUCAGAAUUUUCU